ACAGCAAUACGCCAAACCAGUUCGUUAUAUCCACGAAAAACCAGUCGAUUAAUAAACUUCGUUACGAGGGUCGAAGGACAAAUUUCUUUUGAUUUAUAUUUAAUUUUUAAAAUAUUAUAUUAUUAUUUUAUUUAUAAUUUAUUCUUAUUUUUAGCAGUACAGAAUAAGCAACCAAUGUAAAAUUGACAAUAUUCAACAGUCACGAGAUUCACUAAAGUUAACAAAAAUAGUACGAAGAGUUAAUAAUUUUUUUCUUUACAGACAGUUGCCAAAAUGGAAGAAACAACGGAAAUAGGUGCAAUAUCGCCACGUGGUUGCACUUUAGUCACAAAAUUGCCAGAAAUAAUGAUUAAUAUAUUUCAAUACUUGAACGACGCAGAAUUAGAUGCAUGCAGCCAAGUGUGUACCAAAUGGAGAGAUAUCAUCGAAGACAUAAUAUAUGACCGAGUAACAAUGAUCACAAGGAAAAUUCCUCUGAUUGCAAUAAACUCCGUAGUCUGCGAAUCGGAACAACUACGUCCCUACUUUGGGUUCGACGAACAUUUUCAAUACAAUUGGUUCGUUUUCGGAGAUGAACCUCAACGUAAGAUUCACUCUACUUAUAAUCGUAACGAAAUCGUGGAAUCUAUGUAUACACGUGAUACUUCUUCAAGUCGUAAAUAUAUGGAAUUUACGCAUGCAUUGUGUAGAAAUGCAGACACACACAUUUUUCCUGCACAUUAUAAGUUCUCAUCAAUAGAAGAAACAACUGAAAUACAAAUAUUAAUGUUUCCAAACAUUACGGGUUUUGAUAUUUUUAAUUAUCCGUUCGCAUUCUUUGGAAACGAAUCUAUAUUUUAUGACAAGUCAGAUUUAAAGAAGGAAAUAAAGAAUGUAUGCCACAAAAUGAAUAUUCCGGACGAAGAAAUAAAAUGUGUCAUCUUCUACAAAGAUUUUGCAGUGUAUUCGUACCAAGACAAAACUAAACCUUCUAUAAACUUUUCAAUUCACAGAGAUGUGGGCAGGCUAACAAUAUUUUAUGGAGAGAGAGUGAAUGCUUUUUCUGUUUAUAUUUACGAAUUUAAGUCUGGUUAUACGACAAUCAAAGAGAAAUUGGAAAGGCUGAAACAUUCUGUACUCAAAAUGGUAGAGAAGAGAUGUUUCGCGUAUAUUUUCCAUGAAGCAUGUAUAGAGUGCAUCGAUACAGCAACUCGAGCAUUUAGAGAAGUGUUUCAUCUAAUGAAUUAUGUUACAUAUAACUUUUUACCCUUGUAUUUAUCAAUCAUUCCAAGCAAAAAGGAGUUUUUUCAUGUAGAGGAGGACGAUUUUAUUCCCUGCACUACAUUAAUGGUUUUCGUGUGGUGGAAAUAAAUUUAUUGUAUUA